UGUAAAAUCGUUUUUUUUUUUUUCCUGUCCAUUUUCUCUCAUUCACGAACUCCGUAUAGCUCGCGGCGCCGCUGUACAAGCUAGCCAUAGAAGGAAGAAACGGCCACCAAUUCACUCCAUUCCUUCGCCUUUUUUCGAUUUCUUCUUCGUUUCUUUGAUUUUGCAUUUCCCAAUCACACAUUCAAAGGGCAUAAGACUUUAAACUAAUGGCAUCCAAGUUGACACAGUUACAAUCCAAGGCCACUCAAGCAUCACAAUUUGUGUUAAAGCAUGGGUGUUCUUAUUACAAGCAAUUAUUGGAGCAAAACAAACAAUUUAUUCAGGAGCCACCUACAGUGGAGAAAUGCAAUCAGCUUUCUAAGCAAUUAUUUUACACUCGUCUUGCAAGUAUUCCAGGUAGAUAUGAGUCAUUCCAUAAGGAACUUGAUUACGUAAAACAACUAUGGAAGAACAGACAAGAACUGAAGGUUGAAGAUGCAGGAAUUGCUGCUCUAUUUGGUCUGGAGUGCUUUGCAUGGUUUUGUGCUGGUGAAAUUGUGGGAAGGGGUUUUACUUUCACCGGAUACUAUGUCUGAGGUUUUUCACUUUGGGAAAACAUGGCUUUAGUUCAUCCUUAAGCUUCGCUUUCCUGCAUCGUUAUCGUUUGUACCAUUCGAAUGACUUGAAUUCUGCAUGAAAUUUUGUUGUUUUCCUGGAAACAAUUUUUGGAAGCUUAGUGUUUGGUGAGGAAAUCAGUUUACUUACUAAUAAUCCAUGUAUCCAAAGUAACUUGGAUGGAGAAUUAUGCUGUUGCUUUCUUUAAUUUCCUGCAGAGUUUCUAUCUUGAAUCAUGAUAUAAAUUUCAAUUGAGUUCAUAUCA